UCCACAGUCGUACUGUCCAGGCAUUGCCCGACUAAAGACAAUUUUUAAAGAAGAAGCCGAAAUGUCUAACAACGGGGGAAUGACUGCUGGCCUUCUGUCUUAUGAAACUCUUGUACACGCCGUCGCAGGAGCAGUGGGAAGUAUGACAGCAAUGACCGUGUUCUUCCCAUUGGAUACAGCCAGAAUCAGACUACAGGUGGAUGAGAGCAGAAAAUCCAAAUCUACUCCAGUCAUCCUGGCUGAGAUAGCUAAAGAAGAGGGAAUAUUAUCUCUCUACCGUGGCUGGUUCCCUGUUAUCUCUAGCUUGUGCUGCUCUAACUUUGUGUACUUUUACACAUUUAACACGCUAAAGAGAGUUUGGGUGUCAGAGAAUGGCCAAUCACGGCCCAGCAAGGACCUCCUUAUGGGCUUCAUCUCAGGUGUGGUGAAUGUGCUUCUGACCACGCCCAUGUGGGUCGUUAACACUCGGCUGAAGCUGCAGGGGGCAAAGUUCAGAAACGAGGACCUUCAGCAGACCCAUUACAGGGGCAUUUUUGAUGCCUUCUCCCAGAUCAUAGCCAAUGAGGGAGUGGGCACAUUGUGGAAUGGGACCCUCCCCUCCCUCGUAUUGGUGUUUAACCCUGCCAUUCAGUUCAUGUUCUACGAAGCUAUGAAGAGGAGAGCAGGCCGGGGCGGGAGGAAGAUUUCAUCAGCGGAGAUAUUCCUCAUUGGAGCAGUUGCUAAAGUGAUCGCCACAACUGCAAGCUAUCCCCUGCAAACUGUUCAGGCCAUUCUAAGGUUUGGGCAGUACAAAUCAGAGGGGCAAUCUGGCAUAUUGGGAAGUUUCCAGAACGUGUUACGCUUGCUAAUGGACAGAAUCAAGAGACAUGGUGCCCUGGGACUCUAUAAAGGUCUGGAGGCCAAACUGCUGCAGACGGUGUUGACAGCAGCUCUGAUGUUCGUGGUCUAUGAGAAGAUUACAGCGACCACCUUCAAAAUCAUGGGCCUAAACAGGAAACUGAAGCACUGAGUUAACCGCAUUAACAACUGUAAAAUAAAAUAUACUAAGUCAGGCUGCUCCAGUACUACCUCUAUAACCUCAUUCACUCAGACACAAACACAGACCUGUCAAACUCAGGAGUUUGAUUUAGCCCAAACUUUGCAAGUUUUUUUUGCAGAGUUCAUGAGAGAAGAGAGAGGGGAUGGGCAGAGGCAGUGCGUAGUGGCGUGUAAGAGAAGUAGUGAUAUUGAGAGAAAUAAUGGUAUUCAUUCUGUAUUCAGCUGUCACUGUUUCUCUCACUGUGUCUUCAAUUUGUCAAUCUGAACAACAGAAAUAGCAUUCAAGCUGAAAGAGCCUAGCCUUUUAUUCCAAAAACUACUGUUUUCUUAGAGAACUUUGUGAGGUGUGCAGUAUUGUGAGAGUAUCUGAAGUAUUUAAAAUGUGGGUAAAAUUUCGGGGUUAGAUAAGUGUCACUUUAAUUAGCAUAUGUAAUAACGGUCGUUUUCCUUUAGAGUUCUUAAAAUCUUUCACAGUUCUCUAAUGGUACAAAGAUGCUGAGUAGGACUUGCAAGGCAAAGUCAGCUGCUUAUCUAGUUGUGUAUCAUGCAGUCGAACAAAUUUCCACGAUGGAAACAUGAUCUUUAUCUUCCGGUCAUCUGUACUUUCUCAUAUUGUAACGUCU